ACUCCUGGGAGGUUUUAACGGACUCCACACUCGGGAGCGAGAGACCAGAGCCUAGAGGGCGUGCUCCAAGCGGGAUCUAGUCACUCUCCUCGGCUGCUCUUGCUCUUCUCCACUUCUCUCUUCUACUACUCUCGUGGUGCGGCGACGGCUGCGAUGGCGGCCGGCGGCGAGAAGAUCGACUACGUGUUCAAGGUGGUACUCAUCGGGGACUCGGCGGUGGGGAAGUCCCAGAUCCUGGCCCGCUUCGCCCGCAACGAGUUCAGCAUCGACUCCAAGGCCACCAUCGGGGUUGAGUUCCAGACCCGGACACUCGUCAUCCAGCACAAGAGCGUCAAGGCCCAGAUCUGGGACACCGCCGGCCAAGAGAGGUACAGGGCUGUCACAAGUGCUUACUACCGAGGUGCUGUAGGGGCUUUGCUGGUUUAUGACAUUACCAAGCGUCAGAGCUUUGACCACAUACCUCGGUGGCUUGAGGAGCUGCGAAGCCAUGCUGACAAGAACAUUGUGAUCAUGCUGGUGGGCAACAAGAGUGAUCUUGAGGACCAGAGGGCUGUGAGCACAGAAGAUGCCACAGAGUUUGCUGAGAAGGAAAACCUUUUCUUCCUGGAAACAUCAGCACUGGAGGCUACAAAUGUUGAGACCGCCUUCCAAACUGUUCUGACUGAAAUUUUUAACAUUGUCAGCAAGAAGAACCUGGUUUCCGACCCUCGAGGCAAUGGCAGCGGACCAGCACUAUCUGGCGAAAAGAUUGUUGUCCCAGGGCCGGCACAGGAGAUUCCUAAGAAUAGGUUGUGCUGUCGGACAUCUUGAUUUUGCAUCCUUAGGCUUGGAUCAAAGUUUGGAGUUGUGUGCUGGAAUCAAUUGAGCUGUCUUUGUAAUAGAUGUAUAUCCUACUGGUAUAGGUUUAAGGGAAUCAAUAUUGAACUUGGAGAGAAUUGUUUUAUCUCUGGUGGAUUGAGUUCCGAUGAAGUAAAUAGUUUUCAGGUGCUUCUUUGUUAUAUAUAAUGUAGCUCAUGUAGAUACUAAAUAAUUAUUUGGAAUGAAUAUGUUGCAAAUGAUGAUGGCA